GGUCUUUGAUGCUUAUCCCGUGCCCCGAUCCUCGGUCUCCGAGUGUCCCCACUCUCUGCCGCCAACACCCCACUCCUCGGCUCGCUGCCCUCCCCACUCCCUUCCGGCUCGCCCGCGCGUCCUCGCUCCCUUUUUGUGGCCUAGGCUCCUUUCACCUUCUGCUCCAGCUUGUCGCAAUCUCUGUACAAAGGGCCUGGGGCGGGAUUGGGGGCGGGCGAGGGGAGCCGGGCCCGAACUGGCUGCCUCUGCGGGGCCACGGCCAAUCCGGAGCGCCCACCGCCCACCCCCACCCCCGCGCUGGAGAGCCCUGGGCAGCCGCCGGCGGCCGGGCGGAGUCGCCCGCAGAGUGGGGAGCUCGCAGAGGGGACGGCCCCGCCGCCUGCCGCCCUCCAGCCGCCGGGGGCUCUGCUACCUCGCCAUGCCGCCGUGGGACGCCGCCCUCGCCCUGCUGGUAGCCGCGCUCGCCCUGCUUGGCGUGCUGGCCCCGCGGCUGCGGCGCGCCGUCGGAGCGAGGACUGUGCCGGCGGCCGGCGGCCAGGACCACGAGGAGGAGACGGGCGGCGGAGGUGCCGCAGACCAGUUCAGCGACGGGCGGGAGCCACUGCCCGGCGGGUGCAGGCUCAUCUGUAAACCGUCGGCGCUGGCUCAGUGCUUGCUGAGCGCCUUGCGACGCUCGGCAGCGCUGGUGCCGCGCCCGCGCUCCUGGCUCUGCGGGCCCCACCUGCAGACCCUCUGCCACUUCGUGCUGCCCGUGGGGCCGGGGCCUGAGCUGGCCCGGGAGUACCUGCAGUUAGCGGACGACGGGCUGGUGGCCCUGGACUGGGUCGUGGGACCUUGUCCCCGGGGCCGGCGGGUCACCAACGCGGGAGGCCAUCCCGCGGUGCUGCUGGUAAUCCCCAAUGCGUGGGGGCGCCUCACUCGCAACGUGCUCGGCCUCUGCCUGCUCGCCCUGGAGCGCGGCUACUACCCGGUCAUCUUCCACCGCCGCGGCCACCACGGCUGCCCGCUGGUCAGCCCCCGGCUGCAGCCUUUCGGGGACCCGUCCGACCUCAAGGAGGCUGUCACUUACAUCCGCUUCCGACACCCGGCGGCCCCUCUGUUCGCGGUGAGCGAGGGCUCGGGAUCCGCGCUCCUGCUGUCCUACCUGGGCGAGUGCGGCUCGUCCAGCUAUGUGACCGGCGCCGCCUGCAUCUCGCCGGUGCUGCGCUGCCGCGAGUGGUUUGAGGCCGGCCUGCCCUGGCCCUACGAGCGGGGCUUCCUGCUCCUCCAGAAGAUGGCCCUCAGCAGGUAUGCCUCGGCCCUGCAGGACGCCGUGGACACCCACAGGCUGUUCAGGAGCCGCUCCCUGCGAGAGUUUGAGGAGACCCUGUUCUGCCACACCAAGAGUUUCCCCAUCAGCUGGGACACCUACUGGGACCACAACGACCCCCUCCGGGAUGUGGACGAGGCCGCGGUGCCUGUGCUGUGUAUCUCCAGUGCCGACGACCCCGUGUGCGGGCCCCCGGACCACUUUCUGCCCGCGGAACUCUUUCACAGCAACCCCUACUUUUUCCUCCUGCUCAGUCACCAUGGAGGCCACUGCGGCUUCCUGCGCCAGGAGCCCUUGCCAGCCUGGAGCCACGAGGUCACCUUGGAGUACUUCCGGGCCUUGACGGAGUUCUUCAGAACGGAAGAGAGAAUGAAAGGGCUGAGCAGGCACCGGGCUUCAUUCCUGGGGGGCCGGCGUCGCUGGGGGACCCUGCAGAAGAGAGAGGCCUCUCCCUCUUCCAAUCUGGAGGAGAUCUUUAGCUGGAAGCGAUCAUACACGAGGUGAGGGCCUGCCUGAGAACAGAGCCGGGCACGCAGAGUCCUGAACCAGCUGCGAGGACAGA